CCGGGAGGCCGCAGGCCCGGCCCGCCGCCCAGUGCCCGCCGCCCAGUGCCCGCCGCGCAGCUCCCCGCUCGCAUCCGCGCGCCUCGCUCCUCCCCGACAUGGCAAAAGUAUCCAGCCCUACGGAGACUGAACGGUGCAUCGAGUCUCUGAUUGCUGUUUUCCAGAAGCAUGCUGGAAGGGAUGGUAACAACACCAAACUCUCCAAGGCUGAGUUCCUAAUCUUCAUGAAUACAGAGCUGGGUGCCUUCACAAAGAACCAGAAGGACCCUGGUGUCCUUGACCGCAUGAUGAAGAAAUUGGACCUCAACUCCGAUGGGCAGCUAGAUUUCCAAGAAUUUCUUAAUCUUAUUGGUGGCCUGGCCAUUGCUUGCCAUGAAUCCUUUGUGAAGUCUGCCUCUGGCCAGAAGUAAAUUGGAGGAGCCUUUGGGCCUGGCCUCCAGACCCACUCCCUUUCUUUCCAGCCUCUCAGUUAUCUGCUCUUCACAGCCCCCAUAUACCCUGAGCCCGGCACACCCACCUACCCAGGCAGGCCACUCCUGUUAGUAAUAAAACAAUAUUGUUUUUUAAAACACACACUGGAGUCAGUAAAUUUGUAUAAGAGUCAGGAAAGACUGGGAAGAAUAUAAAUUUGAUGGGAACAGUUACUAGAAGUUGCACAGUAAAUAGUAAAAAUGUAUCUUUGGUGUAUCCAUAAUCCUGACUCAUGAUACCAACAGAAUCAUCUCUAAAUUACUCAGCCUGAUAGAUGUCACUUGUUGUCACUAUUCACUCAUUAAGUGUCUGUCCAACCCUACUACAGGCACUGUCAUAGGCUCCAAGGAUACAGUCAGCAAGACAGAUAAGGUCCUGCCUUCACAGGGGUUACUUUUAGUUGAGGCAAACAAUAAAUGGAUAAACAAAGGGCUAUGAGAGUACCCAAAAAAAAUUGUCUUUCUGAAAGCCAAAUUCUUUUCAAAAACUUGAUGAGGGAAAUUCACUGGAGAUCACUGUGUUGACGUAAGUGUAGCUGAGACAACUAUAAACAAAUGUGAAAAACGGCAAAAAUCUAAAAGCCUCAUUUCUUCAGACUGCCUCACAAGUAUCUUUAAAUUCCUCCACUUACAAAAAGGAACUAGAGCUUCCAGGGUGGCUCAGGGGUAAAGAAUAUGCCUGCCAGUGCAGGAGACAUGGGUUUGAUUACUGGUCCAGGAAGAUCCCACAUGCCGCAGACCAGCUAAGCCUGCGCACCACAGCUAGUGCGCCUGGGAGCCACAGCCACUGAAGCCCGCACGCCCGAGAGCCUGUGCUCCGCAACAAGAGGAGCCGCCACAGGGAGCAGCCUGCGAACCGCGACUAGAGAUAGCCCCCUCUCCCUGAAAGGAGAGAAAAGCCUGUGCAGCAACAAACACCCAGCAUAGCCUAAAAUAAAAAAAAA